AUGCAGCUGUCAUUGACUCCACUGUCUUUCUCUGGGACACUCCUUUUGCUGGCAAUGUCAAACCUGCUCCUUUGGGAACAUGUGACCUCCUCACCAAAUCCUCGUUUGUCCACUGGAAGCUUAUAUCACCGUGUGGUUCAAUUGUCACACUACACCCAUGAUCUUGCCUCAAAACUCUUCAGUGAAUUUAAUAUAAAGUUUGGCAGGACUGUUUGGAGACCAAGCCUGAUGCUAUGCACCUGCCACACUUCCUCUAUUCCUACUCCAGAAAACAGAGAGCAAGUCCACCAAACAACAUCAGAAGAUCUCCUGAAGGUGACCAUGCGUGUUUUACAAGCCUGGGAGGAGCCUAUGAAGCACAUGGUGGCUGCAGUGGUGGCCCUUCCAGAUGCAUCUUAUUUUAUGCUGUCAAAAACAAAAGAGUUGCAAGGAAGAGUUCAAGGCCUUCUGGAGGGACUAAAGAUCAUACUCAACAGGAUUCAGCCUGGAGCCGUUGAAGAUGACAUUACUGUCUGGUCUGGAUGGUCAGAUUUGCAGUCAUCUGAUGAAGAUACUCGUAACAUUGCUCUUUAUACCCUAAGCCGCUGCCUGCGCAGGGAUACACACAAAGUUGACAAUUAUCUCAAGGUUUUGAAGUGCCGAGAUGUCCAUGACAACAGCUGCUGA